CACACGCUACCGGUGACGUCGUCAGUCAUCUGUGUUGGGGUGAUUACGUGUAGCUCACCAACUAGCAGCAGCUAGCUAGUCUGACGAGACAGAACCAGGCGAAUUCAUCUCGACUGCGACAACUAAAGCUGUUCUUGACACAGAUAAAACGGGAACCUGCUGCGACUGAACACCUGAACAUGCCUCUGUGUGAUAUUUCAUGAUACCACACGAUGGAACUACCCCUGCAAACCAGUUUUGAGUGUUACUGCUUCAGGACGCGGCUCUGUUUCAGUCCUCACGGCGAGCAGCCAUAAACUCCAUGCAUCGGAUGAAGAUACGUCCUCUCCACAAACUGCACGUCGCACGCAUAAAGAGACACUAAAAGAGAGAAGACAUGUUUGCCAAGCUGAAGAAGAAGAUCGCUGAGGAGGCGGCCACAGCGCCUCGGAGCGGCGUUCGUAUACCACGCACCAUCAGCAAGGAAUCCAUCACUUCAAUGGGGGCAGACUCAGGGGAUGACUUUGCUUCUGAUGGCAGCAGCUCCAGGGACGACCUGCCAGCCCAGCUGCUCAGGAGGAACGACCAGAUACGCAAGCUGGAGGCAAAGCUAUCAGACUACGCUGAGCAGCUACGAAUUAUGCAGAAGACCAAGGACAAGCUUGAAAUUGCGUUAGAAAAGCAUCAGGAUUUAUCUAUAAAGAAACUACAGGACCAGAACGAGUCUCACCAGGCCAGCAGAGCCAAGCUCACAGAGGGGAUGGCUUCAGCUCUGGAGAAGAAGGAUCAGGAGUGGAUGGAAAAAGUUGCUGCGGUGGAACAGGAGAAGGCUACCCUGUCAUCCCGGCUAGAGGUGUCGAUGAAGCAAAGCUUAGCACUCUUUCAGAAAAGAGAUGACCUGGAUGAACUGGAGGGCUUUCAGCAGCAGGAGCUUGCUAAAGUUAAACACAUGUUGCUGAAGAAGGAGGAACAGCUGAGCCAGCAGGAGCAGGAGCUCCAGCAGAAGGAGGCCGAAGUUCAGUCAGCAAAGAGAGGGCUCUCUGAGGCUCGAGGGAAACUCCGAUCCCUGCAGCAGCAGCAUGAGGAGAGCUGCAGGCUGAACUCUGAGUUUGAAAUAGAGCGAGAGGAACUGCUGCUGCUCCGAGAGGAAGGAGACAAGAGGGUCAGCGAGCUGGAGGGACAAUGCCAGGAGUUACAGGCAGUCAUUCAUCAGGUCUCUGAAGACUUCCAGAAGUCUCAGAGUAUGGUGUCGACUUUAGAGAGGUCCCUCCAGGAUUUACAGACUGAACACGACGCCCUGAAGCUGCAACAACAAAAGGCUGCUGUCAUGGAGGAGGACAAGGAGCGCGUGUUAGCCGACCUGCAGAAGAAAGUCACGUCUCUGGAGAGGCGGCUGCAGGGAAACCUGAGUCAGGAUGAACAUCUACAGGAGCUUCUGCAGGAGAAGUCCAACCUGGAGCAGAGUCUGGAAGAGACCAGAGCAGAGCUGCUGGUGGUUCGGACAAACCAUGCUGAUAACGUCAGCUCCCUGGAGGCACAGGUUUCCAAAAUGAGCUGCAGCAUCACCGAGCUCCAGACCCUCCUCCGACACAAAGACGACUCCUCCAGAGCGUACAGAGAGCGGACAGACACACAAAUAGCUAAUCUGGAGCAGCAGGUUUCAGAUUGUAACGAGAGGUCAAAGGGUGCAGAUCAGGAGAUCACAGAGAAACAGCAGCACAUGGAGAAACUGGAAGGAGAGUGGAGUGCAGAGAAAGCCUUUUUUGAGCAGCAGCUGUCUCUGUUAAAUCAGCAGAGUAAGGAGAAGGCCAGUCGACUGGAGGGGAGCGUCUCCUCUUUACAGACAGAGAGGCAGACGCUGCAGGACAGGCUGGCCGAUCUGAACAAACAGGCGGACGAGGCGAACUCCAGGCUGAGGCAGCAGGAAGAAGAGCUGGAGCAGUGCAAGACGGAGCUGAUCAGUCGACAAACUGUGAGCACAGAGAUCGCAAAAGCUCUGGAGGACACCAGACGGCAGAAGGAGGAGCUGCAAACACAGGUCGGAGAGCUGACUUCAUCACUUCAGACAUCGCAGCAGGAACUUUCUUCUGUCACGGAGAAACUAGCAGUGAGAGAGGAAAACAUCCAAAAACUCCAGGAUGAGGUGCAGUGUCGGCAGGACUCACUGGUGCAGCUGCAGGAGGAGCUGGAGCAGCAGCGGGCUCAGCUGGAGCAGAUGGAGCGGGACAAAGACUCCCAGCUCAGCAGCCUGAGGGAGGAGCUGCUCAAUCAGACGCAGCAGCUCGAUAGCUGCCAGGCACGGAUCUCAUACCUGGAGGUGGAAGUGGAAACUCUCACGGAGCAGCUCAACACGCCUGUGGUGUGUGAGGAGGAUCAGAACGGCAGCGUGACGGUGGACGAUCUGGACCACCUUCAGAAAGUCAACAGAGAGCUGGAGCAGCAGCUGAGUGACAAGAACAGGAUCAUCAAGCAGCUCCAGCAGAGACUUGCAGAGCUGAAGAGGACCCUGCAGAAGGAGCUGAAACUGAAGCCUGAGCCAGAAACGGAGGGGAGGGAGAAGUUACCAGAAAGCAAAGCAGAAAAACAAGAAAGGCUUUAUCUAGACCCACCACCAGCAUCGUCCCCGAGCCCCCCGACCUCCAACACCACAGUGACCAACACAUCAGACCUCAACGACUCACGGGAAAUCAACUUUGAGUAUCUCAAACACGUGGUGCUCAAGUUUAUGUCCUCCAGGGAGGCCGAGGCGUUCCAGCUGAUCCGAGCUGUUUCUGUGCUGCUAAACUUCACUCGUGAGGAAGAGGACAUGUUGAAACAAACUCUGGAGUACAAGAUGUCCUGGUUUGGAUCCAAACCUUCACCAAAGGGUACCAUCCGGCCCUCAGUCUCAGGUGCUUCCUCCAACUGGAUGAGCUGAUGAGCGGCAGAGAGAGCUGAAGUGAUGGAGAGAAAGGAACUAGAGGACCACCUCCAGGGAUCCUGGGGUCCUUCCUCUGUGGCUCCCAUUACUGAGCAGGACUCUAGCUUUAAACUCGAACAGACCUCCUCAGUUUACUCGGACUCUGCGUGGGAGGGUUUUUUUUUUCAGAGAAGGGCUGCACAUUAUGGGAUGUAGGGACAAAGGCCUAUUUAUAUCAGUCCAGGGUUUUAAAUUGAAACUGUUCCCCCUUUGAUAGUUAAGGUAGAUGGACACUGUUCAGUUUGGGGUUGUGUCUCAAGCAUCAUUCUUCUCCCUGGACCAGAGACACACUUGAUGUCCUCUCGUCUGCGUCAGGAAACAUCUGAAAGAAACGACACACUGACUCAGCAUUAAAAAAGGAACCGCCUCAUCUCUGCUCCCAAUCAGUCACAAACAUUUCUGUUCAAACCACAUGUGACUUGGUCUGACGGUCUUCACUGGACACAUGUUAGCUUUGUUUAUCUUUGAUUAUAACGCACAGAGGGCUUUUUAAUGACUACUACAGGAUGCAAACGCUGAAUUAGCGUCAGUAUCAGUGACAUUUAGGAUCAUAAAUAUCACACAGAUGUGUUUACAGAUCAAAUUUGAUUCACAGAUUUUAAAGCCCUUAAAAUUUGUCCCUGAAAUGUUUCACUUUCUUCAUUCAAAGAGAGUAUAUGCACGCUUGGUCAAAGAAAUGCAAUCAAGUAAGACCGCUUUAUCGAGCUCCUCUAAAACAGCACUUCCACCAGAUCUGUCUCCAAUCCGCUGCGGUCCGGCUUCGUGCUCAGUCGUCCGUCAACACCCACCGGUUGUGUUUUUGGAAAGCAGGAUGGAGCAGGACCGGCGGACAGCUGGAGUCAUGUGACCGAGGUUUCCCCGUGGUAAUCACUGAAUCAAGGAUUCUCCUCCUCCUCCUCUCCUCAUCCAUGUUGUCUUUCUGGUCCUCUGAAAACCUCUGACCUGUUGACUCCAGGCCUGGCUCCGCUCAUCAUGACUUUGGUUUGUUGUUGUAGUUAAGUGAAAUACGAUCUGGUGAUAACACAGAGUGUUUUAUUCUGAAAAUUAACCGGAUGUUUUCAUUUUGUUUUGGUGAAACCUGACUUCCUGUCCCGCUCCAUCUGCUCUGUUGAGAUUGAAGCGUCGUGCUCCGGCAUCCGGCACAAAUAGAAGUCUUGUGUAUCUGAUCCGCAGGGCUCUGACCUGCUGGAUCAGAGACACAGCCGGAACGCAAUGGAGUGGAUCCAGUGGAAGUUAACACAUUGACUAGAAUAGAAACCUAUCAGAUCAGGUUCUGUGACAGAUCGGAGUCGGAUCCGGUAGAAUUUGGCCGUCAGACUGCCGGGGGAACUGACACACUGGGAUCCUGUCUCACCUCUUUACCCCCCAUCACUUAUUAUAACUCUUCCUGUCCUGUUAAAGUUACCAAACAUGGACCUUUCUGUAGUCCCUGAGCUCCCUUGUCUCGUAGGAUCAUUAAGAGGACUUGACUGCGUCGUGAUCCGGCAAAAAUAGAAUUCUUGCGUAUCUGAUCCGGAUCAGAGACACAGCCGGAAAGCAACAGAGCGGAUCCAGUGGAAGUUAACAGAUUGACUAGAAUAGAAGCCUAUCAGAUCCGGUGCCGCGACGGAUCGGAGACAGAUCUGGUGGAAUUUGGCCGUAACAAUCACUUCCUGUCUAGCAGCAAACCUCAAACACCAGAAUGUUCUUCCUAAUGAGAGCGCUGACAUUUCACCACAGAGUCUGACGUGUUCAAACUGAAAUCAACUACAAACUGAGACGGUUAUCUCAUGCUCUCAUUUCUCUUCAGUUGCAUAUCCUCCAAAUCUCUUCACAUAUCUCUGAAAACAUCAUAAUCUAAUGAUCUACUAAGCUGUUAGUAAACAAGAUCUCAAACAUGGUUAGUAAGAAAUCGGGACCACGAUAGAAAUGAACAUGUCAGCGCUCUCCGGUGGACAAAUCAUGGAAGUGUGACGGUGUUUUGGAAAUGCACAAAGAAAACCACACUUCCUUGUUGUCUGCAUCCUUGGAUCUCACUCUGGCUCAGCACAUUUAGGAAAUCCUGUCAUCUCGGCCAUUUGACUGUUAACAUCACCUUGAAUCGAGCCUCACAGCAGUCCUCACUUCUUGUAAACCACGGCUCUAAAACAAACUACCUGUGAUGUAAACAGCUGGAUAAUCACACCGUGUUGCGGGAUCAUGUUGAAGAAGAGAUGGUGCUGCCUCAGAGGCUCAUUUCAGGGUUCAACAAAUAGUGUCUUCUCUCUUUGCUGCUACAUGAGGACCAUCAAAGCUAACACAGGUUCACUUCCUUUAAUGCCCAUAUUGAUAAUCUAGGCUGUACCUGUCCACCUGGAUUACAGCAACAUCAACGUGAAGAGAUAAUGAUGACCUGAGGACGUGCUCUACCUUUACCUGCCUUUGCUAAUGUAAAUGAAAGUACAUUCCACAUGUCUAUUUAUACAUAGAAGUCUGUACAUACUGUAUGCUUUGAGAACUUUAUAAAUCUGUGGAUGUAAAUGGUUUGAUGUGACCAGUUUGCAGUAUUUAUCAUCAACGUCAUGGACCAGAUCCCAUAUGCUUCCUUGCGUCUGUGUUCCCCGUCAUGUGUCCCGCUGUCCUCCCGCCCCUUCAGUGUGACAACGGUCACAACAAACACCUUGAAGUUCAUUGAAACACCAGAAGAAGCCCAGGAGUUCGGCCUCCUGCCGUCAAACUGCAACUUUGAAUUUCUAAAACAAUUUGGUCUGUUUUUUUUAUACAUACUGUAUAAUUUUUAUUAUUUCUAGGGAACGCAGGAAUCCAGCAAUAUGCACAUAAUGGGAAGCAUAUAUGCCGUCUGCAUUACACGAUCACUCACAGAAAAGAAAACUGUCUGAAAGGUGUGAUCGUUGUCUUUCUUUCAUUUGUAUCUUCAUCUCCUGGUUACAUCAUUUAUAAAUCAGGAUGCAGAAGUCCAUCUGUGACUGCAGAGCUCUUCACGUCACUGAUGACAGGUAGCAGACUGAUGAAGUUAUACCGGGACUCCUCUGGGUGAUCUACUGUCUCUGUGAGAAACAAAACAUGAAUAAUGAAUGCACUUUUCAACCUGCUUGAUUCUGCUGACACACCUCUGUACAAUCACAACAGAUCUUUUCCUUUGCUUGUGUUAAUUUAACAGUUGCUGCAAAUACAAAUGUUUCAUUGUUCCUCAUUUAUUAAUAAUAAAUCUAAAAUUAUCAAAUCA